CAAACUCACAGCAAGCAAGCGCCCACGUGCAUUCUCAAUCAACUCCCACACACAACCACAACACACGCAGCACAAGCAAGCAAGCAGAUACACACGUCACAAACAACACCGCACACAUGCCCAAGUCAAAGCGCGCAAAGGUGGUGUCGCUGACACAGACCGAUAGGAAAGGGUUGCAGACCAAGAAGGCGCUUGUGCAGCAAAUACAUGAUGCGUGCGAUGAGUUUGCACGGGUGUUCAUCUUCUCCGUGGAGAACAUGAGGAACGCCAAGCUCAAGGAGGUGCGCACAGGGUGGCGUGAUUCCCGCUUCUUCUUUGGCAAGAACAAAGUCAUGAGCAUCGCUUUUGGCCUCGAUCCAGAGUCAGAGUACCGCACAAACAUGCACGAGAUCAGCAAGCGGCUGUCCGGCAACGUCGGUGUGCUCUUCACAAACAGGCCCCGCGAGGAUGUGGAAAAGUGGUUUAAGACAUACGAAGUCAAGGACUACGCGAGAGCAGGCAACCCGUCGACACAGGCUGUGCGGCUGAUGGCUGGGCCCCUGCCCCAGUUCUCACACGCGCUGGAGCCGCAGCUGCGAAAGCUUGGUCUUCCCACCAGCCUCAAGCGUGGCAUCGUCACGCUGGAGAAGGACUACACCAUCUGCGAGAAAGGCGUCACCCUCAGCCCAGAACAAGCCCGGCUCCUGAAACUGUUUGAGCAUCCGAUGGCCACCUUCCGCAUCAACCUCCUUGCUGUCUAUGAUGAAGAGGCCGUGCAAGACUACUAAUGUGCCUUUGCCCUUGAGUUGUCCACUGCUAUCGCAAUGUUGUUUUCCCAAGCGCACAAAACAGGUGUAAACUGUGUCACAAGCCUUGUUCGUGGCUGCCCGUGUGUGUGUGUGUGUGUGUGUGUGU